GCGUGGAAAGAAGCAGCAGUUGCCUGCCUGGAAGUUUUCUCGGGUUUUCCGCUUAAAAACGUUCGUGGGCGUGAAAAUCCUUUGGGAAAAACGGUAUAUUGGCAAGCUAAGUACAUUUAGCUGACGUACACAUCAUAAAAAGAAAGUUUAAGGUCCAGAAUCGGGCGUCAACAUGUCGGAAAGAUCGAAAGGUGACGUGUCUCGUAUAAACAACAACGCAAACCCGAGCAACUCGACGCGUGUUGUGAAAAACCCGCUCCUGAGCGCCUCCGUGACCGGGUUGAGCUUCGAUGACUUCCCCAACAAGCCCCAGCUCCUGCCCGCCGCUCCACCCGUGGUCCAUGCCCCGCCCCCAGCGCCGGCGCCCGUUCUAAUCGCUGGCAUCUUGAACCGCGAACCCAAAUCGUUAGUUACUGUGGGUCAGCCAUCGAGCAUUGACGACAGCGAAGCUCUUGACGAGAUUAACUUAAAUACCAGCAGCGAGGACUCGGCUGGAGCGGCAGGAUCGAGCCCCUACCACGGAGCAAGUGAUCCCAACGCCAAUCCUCUGUUGGAACCACCGCCGGGAGCUGGAAACGAUUCACUGCUUAGCCAGGCGGCUUCCUCGUUCACCGCCUUGCCCUCGGUGGCCUCGAACGUGUUUUCCUCCUUCUCGAAGCGCAUCUACGCCGCCGGCAGCAGGGAGCAAUCGGAGGAGCCGCGACUGGAUAUCCAGCCCACUUACAUUCAGCAGGCCAACUACGCUCCAGUAGCUCCGGUGCCCGCUCCCUUUUAUGCCGCUCCACCGCCAGCGGCGAACGAAGUGGUCGCUGCCCCCGAGCCGCCCAAGCUCUACGCUCCCACUGAGAUCCCAGCACCUAACGCAGGAGCACUCACUGCACCGCCGCCAACAGUGGGAAACCCCAAUACCUAUCGAUUCGCAGCCAAGAAGAAGCUCUACGCUCCCAUUCCCGGAUUCUCGGAUCCAACCGGUCAGCCUGGACAACAGCAGCCACAUCCGACAACUCAAGCGGCACUAACUCUACCCUUCCAGACACCCCCGUAUCCACCACAGCCGACGCCGGCAGUAGCUCCACCCUUUGACAUAUCAGCUCAGCCCGCUCCGCCGCCCGUAGAGGAACGCAAGUCCGGCGGAGGGCUCUUCUCCCUGACCAGUCUCGUGCCAACGGGCGUGCUUCAAAACAUCUCCGGGCUAGUGCAAUCCGCCACAGGACGAAGUAGCGAGCCAGUGAGCAGCUAUCCUAGCAAUCCUCCGCCAUCAACAGGAGGAUACUUUGACAUUUCAACGGUCUCAGAGCCAGCCGCUCCGUCGACAAACUUCUUUGGGGGUCCAACUCCGGCAGCACCGCAAAGCGGUAACUAUUUCGUGCCUGGAGCCGCUUCAUCUCAGGCCCCAGGCGAGGCAGCAGUAGCGCCUCCUCCAGCACCAGCAGGAGGUUUCUUUGCGCCACCAGGAGCAGCAUCAGUACCUCCUCAGGCUAUUUUCAACCCGGCAGCUCCUUCCCCAGCGGUUGGAGGUUUCUUUAAUCCCCCAGGAGAGCAACCUGCUGUUGCCGUUCCUGUUGCACCUGUGCCCUUGCUUAACCCGGCAGCACCACCAGCAUCUGCAGGAAGCUUCUUUAACCCAGGAACACCGUCAGUCGCAGCACAAGCUGUUCCCACAUUACCGGUAGCCGCCACAUCAGCCCCAAAUCUACCGCCAGCACCGACACCAGAAGCAGGUUUAUUCACACCUAGAGGUGUUCUGCCAACAGCAACUCCUCCCCCAGCCACUGGGUUCUUGCCUUCCAAUCCGAAUCCUUUGCCUGGUGCCCCGCCCGUGGCAGCUGUUCCUCCGCCAGCCGCUGGCCAGGCAUCUUAUCGCCUUCAAAAGGGAACGCGUCUGUACAAAAGCCCGUUGACAGCCCAGGAAACCGCUGCCUCAUCUGGCUACGCCGCUCCCUUGGCGCCCACAUCUGCUCCGGCUGCCAUCUUUAACCCAUUGGCAGCAGCUGCUGUUGCUCCGGCCGUUUUCAAUCCGUUGGGUCAGCAGGAGGUUCCACUCUUUGUUCCGAGUGCAGAUCAGAUUGCUCCACAGCCUGCUCUGCCUUCGGCUUUCUUGGCAAGUGCUGCUCCACCUCCAACAGCAGCUCCACCUGCACAAGCAGCUGCUCCACCUGCACAAGCAGCAGCUCCACCUACAGUAGCAGCAUCCAUUGUAAAUCCUUUCCUGGCAGCUGGAACUGCUAGUGUCCCACUUUUUGCUGCACCACCAACAUCCGCGGCCAUUCCCUUCUUUAUUCCAACCGAAACUAAAGAAGAAGUACCAACUGCAUUGAUCCAGAAGGAAUCACAGGUCCAAGAACCCAUAACUAAUCCAGGAAUUCCAUUCUUUGCACCAGCAUCUACGGGCAUUCCAUUCUUUAAUCCCGCAGAGAUUGCAACUGCUCCUAUUGUAAGUGGUCCUCCAACUGGACAGGGAUCAAACGAAGGAAUUACUUUAUUUGCACCACCUCCUCCGCCAGCAUCCGGAAAUCCACUUUACCAGGAGAAAACAACUGAAGAAGAGAAACCACCCAAGCAAUUGGAAAAUCAAGAAGGAUCCUUUUUUGCAACAAAAACAGUCCAAGAACCCACACAAAGUGUUUCCUUGUUUGCUGUUCCUCCAGCAGAGAAAGCUUCUCCACCCAACAACUCGCUGUUUGCACCACAGGAGGUACCAUUGUUUGCUCCUGAAGUUAUUGAACCUGUUGUAGAACCAGAUCAGGCUCCAUCGGCGCCCGUGGAAGUCGGAGAAGAUACACCUCUAUUUGUGCCCGUGCCAGCCGCCAGUGAAGCUGUGCCGCUGUAUCCACCACCAGCAACGGCCACUGAAUCCAACACUUCCAGUUCAUUCUUCGCUCCGUCUCCAGCAGUUUUCCCAAGGUCCAUCCCCAAUUCUGCAACUUUAGCUGAACCGUUCUUGAGCUCAGCUCAAGAGGAUUCGACUACCACCACUUCGUUGUUUACUGCUCCUCCAGUAGCUAUAUUCACACCAACCUCAAACACUCCGUCAGCAGAGGCAGUGGACGCUGCUGCAGCGAGUGACUUGCUAGGAUCCCCAGAGGCCGCCGCUACACCAAAUCUAUUCCAGAGUAGUUCCGAGACUCAAACUGUUUUCAGCCCAUUUGCGCAAACUGUAACCACACCGCAGAUCCAGAAGGCUGGCCAGGACUUGGUGCCACCUCCAAUAGGAUUUGUGGCGCCGCCAACUGAGGUCGGAGCACUUGCCCAGCCACCGCCGGCUCCCUCGCCGUUGCAGAACUUCUUUACCCCGGCAACAGGUGCCUCCGCAGACUUUAACUUCUUUGGAAGUCCUGCUCCCAGUAGCCUCUUUCCGGAGUUGCCCGUUCAACAGGGAGUUGUUGCACCGCCAGCCUUGGCCCAAGAGCCGCCUGUAGACCACCAGGACAUUGCGCCGGCUCCACUCGGAUUCGAUCAGCUACUAAACCCAUCCCAGCAAGCGACACAACAAACCGCACUUCCAAGUUCGAACGAAAAUUCAUAUCCAAAUUCAAGUGUCAACUCUUUUGCCGGCUUCUUUGGUGGCCCCGGUGCCCCCGAGCCCGCAGCAGUCCCUGCGCUUCCUGCAGAUCCUCACUGCGGUCCGGUCAACUUCUUUGACCAGGUGCCACAGCCACAGUUACAGAGCAGCCAACAGGCCAACGAAGAUCAACGCAUCCAGAACUUCUUCAACAAUCCGCCGCUGCAGGAUCAACCAGCCGCGCCAGGCGAACUUAAGUACGACAUCGUUCACAGUGGAUUGGCUGUGAAGCAGCUGCCAGAACGCUCGCAGACACCCGUAUCCAAUCUUGUGGAGCCGCCAUCGUCCGCCUGCUCUGAGUUCUCGACACUCGCACCAGCUGCGAACAUAUCCCCGGAUCGCCAUCAAUCAGGCGAGGAUCUGAUUCAACAGCAUCUCGGAGAGUUGCCCGAGGAGAUUCUCAGAGAGAUCAGAAUGGCCAAUGCCAACAGCAGCAGCAGCAGCGGCGAUAAGGGCCAGGUGGCUACCCCGCCGGUGACUAUAACUUACUCGCCAGUGGUGGCCCAUUGGUUCUACAAACGGAGCGUGGACACCAAGUUCAUUUGGACUCCAUUCAGCCACUAUGAUUCGGCCCUGCUAGAAACAAGCCUUAAUCAGGACGACUCCACAAUAAUAGUGCCCGUCGAGGGUGGCCGAUAUGACGUAAACAUCAAGGAACGCACCAAGACUCCCGUUUACUGGGAGGGCAAGGCCAUCGAGGUGCGUCGCUGCUCGUGGUUCUACAAGGGCGUGGACUCCAAGUAUGUGCCCUACACCGAGGACACGGCCGCCGUCCUGGAAUCGGAGUACAAGCGUUCGGCGGAGACAGGCGAGUGGCAUCAGAAGAUCCUGCUGGAGGGCGGCGAGCAGGUGGUCUUCCACGGACCCACCGUCAUCGUGCACUUCCUGCCGCAACAGAAUGCGGAGAGUGCCUGGGGUGGCAGUACGCAGGGCUCCAUGCGACCGCGGGUGGUCAAGCGGGAUCUAGAAGACUUCACCAUCGAACAGGGUGAAUCCCAGCGUGUGGAUCACUUGCUGUUCAUGGUUCAUGGCAUAGGGUCUGCUUGCGAUUUGAAAAUGCGAUCAGUGGAGGAAGUUGUGGACGAUUUCCGGGUAAUUGCCCAGCAGCUUGUAUCGUCGCACUACAAAAACUCCACAGACAUGGGACUGGUGGGUCGUGUCGAGGUUCUGCCCAUUUCCUGGCACGGCCACCUGCACUCCGAGGAGCUUGGCAUCGAUGAGAAACUCAAGUCCAUCACUUUGGAGUCGAUUCCGCGCCUGCGCAACUUCACCAAUGACACGCUGCUCGACGUGCUCUUCUACACGAGUCCUAAGUACUGCCAGAAGAUCAUGAACACGGUGGCCGAUGCCCUCAACGAUGUGUAUCUGAAGUACAGAAUGCGGCAUCCAGAAUUCAAUGGCGGCGUCUCUCUGGCGGGACACAGUCUGGGCUCCCUGAUCCUGUUCGAUCUGCUCUGCCAUCAGGAGCCCCUUAAGGAGAGCGAAGAGGAGAAUAAGGAGAAUCCCGACGACCAGCUUCCACAGAAGCUCAAUCAAAAGGUUCUGCUGCCUAGCAGCGAUCUGCAGCAACCCAAGCAGGUCAGCUACGCGAUGGGUGGUCCGGCGGGAACGGGUCAGCCCGUCAUCAAUUACACGCAGCUCAUAUUCCAUCCGAAGAAGUUCUUUGCCCUGGGCUCGCCCAUCGGUAUGUUUGUGACCAUCCGCGGCAUCGAUAAGCUGGGCCUGGACUUCCACCUGCCCACGUGUCCCGGCUUCUACAAUAUAUUCCAUCCCUUCGACCCGGUGGCCUAUCGCAUCGAGGCCCUGGUCAAUCCGGAUAUGAAUGGAAUACGGCCGGUGUUGAUACCCCAUCACAAGGGACGCAAGCGGAUGCACUUGGAGCUGAGGGAGACGAUGACGCGGGUGGGUGCGGACAUCAAGCAAAGGUUUAUGGACACAUUCAAGACCACGCUGGACAGUGUUAACUUUUUGGCCACCGUGACCAAGGUGAAAAAGGAAGCCGAGGAGUCACUGGAAAAGGAGACAAGUCAGACCUCCUCGCAGGCUGUGCAUAAACACCAGGAAGAUCAGGAUGAGAGCUCGGUGGCCAGCUCAUCCUGCAAACUACGUAAUCGCACAGAUUCCAACUCCACCACAGCCUCCGAUCCGGAAUUCAUAGAGCUCGACUUUCCGCUGGGCAAGCUGAACGACUCAAAGCGAGUGGACUAUGUCCUGCAGGAAGCGCCUCUGGAGUUUAUCAACGAAUACAUUUUCGCCCUAAGCAGCCAUGUUUGCUACUGGGGCUCUGAGGACACCAUCCUGUUCGUGAUGAAGGAAAUCUACGCCAGCCUGGGCAUUAGCACCGACAGCCAGGUGCCGCAAUCCUCGAUGACCAUUGAACGACCAUCCCCGCACGACAGCCAGUCGCUCCUACCGAUGUGAGUCUCUGAAAACAGUAGACACUAGAGCGCUCUGUUGGAUCCACCGCCACUGGCAGCGACACACAACUAUGCAUAUUUUUAGCGACAAUUGAUUUAGAUACGUUAUUUGUUAGCCAAAUCAUACAAAUAAUUUUCCAUACGUGCAACUCUAACUUGGUUAAUGGUAUUAUCAAAGUACGACGUCUCCAUCGUUCAAGUGACUAACUAAUCUAAUCCGAAGUGAGCUCGUUUUCAUCGAGCUCUACGAAAAUUAACCUAUCUAUAUAUUUACCUGCUGGGCGCCAUAGCGUUCUAUUUGUUAUUUUUAUAAUAUAUAUUGCCUGUGUAAUUGACAUUGUAAAAUGUAUGCUUUUGAAAGUGUAUUGUCUGAAAACAAAAAUAAAUAAUAUAACAUAUA